UUUACAUUCCCGGCAAUCUGUUCUGGUUUGGGUUUCUUUCGCCGACGAGAAGCGCGAUUUUUCGGGCGGGAUUGCGAUAUUAUUUGGGCGAGAAACCGAUAUGGCAAAUUUUUAGACAAUAUUUGGAAUCGCGUCCAUGGAGGUGAAUUCGUCGCUUUAUAAUUUGGAAUACAUCAGCGAUAGUAUGGAGCAGAAAGAUCGCGGAUCACAUUGCUGUACUGAUCUCGAGCUGGCGGCUGAGAUCGGCAAAAAUCUUCUGGAACGAAACAAAGAACUGGAAGUAAUGUUGAAGUCGUCACAUCACUAUCUCGAGGAGCAGUCCAUUAAAAAUGAGUUUCUUUCCAAACAACUGGAAACACUGCGGGAAUUGCAUGAUGGUCAAGUGAAGGCUUGUGAACAAAUGGAAUCCACUGCUUUGGAACUACAGAAUACUAACAAGGAAUUACAAAGUGAGACUGCGGUUAUGAGAAAACGCUACCAAACGCUUGUGCAAACCGUGGACUCCUUGGAAAAUAAGUGCGAUGAGUACAGGGUGCAGUUAGAAGAACUCCAAAUAGAAAGAAUGAGACUUCAGAGGGAGAUGGCCAACAGUCUGUCUCUCAAACUUACUCAGAAGGAGAAUGGGUACGAGUUAGGCAGCGACAACGAGUCUGAUCACACCGAAAAAGACGAGGCAGUUUUAAGUUUUAAGAAAGAUAUUGAAAUUCUCAACGAUAGGAUUAUGAAGUUAAAAAGACAACAUUCUGUUGAGAAGCGUCGAAGGGAAGAGCUCGAGAUUGAACUUUCGGAUUUGAUUCAUGAAAACCAGACACUUGAUCGAGAGCUUUGUCAUUUUGCGCAACAAGCAAAAUUGUGGCAAGAGCUUGAGAACGAGACCUCUUGUCUGGCUUUGUCAGUCGAUAAUGACUCGGCACAUAAUCGGCAAAUAUCGGAAAGCGUCGAAAAUAUCAGCUUGGAUGACGAUGACUCGUUUGUUCUUAUAGAUGAAGAACUGAAUCGCCAAAGCAGCGCUAUGUCGGAUCAAAGCGAGGUUGAAGUUUUAAGUCCGUCGCAUGAGGCGAAGUCUCCUCUCAAAGAGAACAGCACAUCGUUUUUGUCAGAGCUUGGAAGCCAAUAUCACGAGCUUGUUAGGAAAUACGACUCUCUGGUUGAGAGAUGCAAAAGCGAAGGAAUCGUUCAAGAUAUAGCUCCGAUUCCGACAGUACAGCGUGCGAUUCAAACUUCGCCACUGGACGAGAAACCCGACGUUCGAUUUGAAGAAAUAGGUUCACAAAAUAUUUCACGGCAAAACAGCUUAUCAGGGAACGGAAGGGAAUACAAGCAACUCUUCGCACAAAUCUACUCCAAAAUAGAGGAAUCCAAAACUUUUAAACCGGCAGACAGAAGCGAAUCUAAGGAGUGAUGUGAAAUGUCGAAAACUGCUCUGGAGCUUGGCUUUCCCACAAGUUAAAAGACGGUGCAAAUAAGGAGUGGAACGGGUAUCUUUGCGUGGUGAGAUUUCAUUUACACGAUUUCAUUUACUCGUGCCGAAAAUCACUUAGCUCGGAAAAACAUCUUACCAUGCAUGAUCUAUUUUACAGGAAAAAGGAUGUAUGCUUCCGGAUAAAGCUUUAAGGUGCAACUACCUAAACUCCCUAAAUUUCGUUGUAGCGAAAGUUUAAAAUUUAAUUCAACUGUAUAUACCAUAAGUUAAAUUGAUAUAUCAGACCACGAAGUUUCUAAUUUAGGGACAAUAAGCUAAUUAAUUUUUUUUCUUGUUUGCCAUUGUCUCGAAGAUCGCAAGUUAAUGGCUUAUAGUGGGCAGGGAACGCUGUCAAGGUGGUCCCAUCCUCCCCUCCCUGGGAGAGCUAACAUUUCAACGUGUUCGUUUAGAAAUUUAAUUUCUUGUCUUGAUACCUAUAGCGCACUCUUCAGUGGCCUUCUAAAGACUCAGAUUUUUGAGUGACUUCAUAUCGGCAAGUAGGAAACCAUGGCAAUCGUAAGGAACUUUCUUGAUAAAAUUUUAUCAUGCUCUGUAAGAUUUCGAAUUCUGGCAAAUACAUUUAGACACAGUGAUUUGGUCUUGUGUUCUGGACGAAAGCGAAGCGUUUGCCUAGCAAGUCAAUUUUAACCCCAAAUUAAUACAGAUACCAAACAGUAUCUGAUUUCUUGGUGUACAAAAUGUUUUUGCAAUUCUGAACAAGUAAGAUCUAUAAACUAACGUAACAUGAAUGUUUUGCUAAAUUUGCCGAGCAGGAGUGAUUAUUUUAGUACAAUUACCGCCCAGUUUCGUUACUUUAAAUAAACUUGAAAGAGAAAUUGAUACCUGUAGACUUUCCGGCAAAGUUUGAAGCGACUUGUCAGCUCCAGAAGGUCAGGCCAAGAUUUCAAAACCAACAUAAGAAGUAUCGCAGAGCAAACUUGAGUUUUCGUGACGAAUGAUCAAACAACAUAAUGAAUUUGAAAUCCUAGUUUUACAUGCAGACAUCAUUGUUGGUUUUAUGGCCAUUGUGUUGUUUUGUUGGCACAGUUAAUUAUUUUCUCAUUAAAUUGAAUUCUUUUGUUUAAAAAAUCGUUUUGUGAGCGCACUAUUCAUAACGUCAAAGAUCUCUUGAAAUCGCUGACCUUAACAAUGGAGAUUGCGAUAAAAAAUAACAAACAAGGAAAUCACAGCUAGUACAAACCAAUUAAUAUAAAUGAUAGGAUUCUUGUCUGGAAAAUAUUAAUUUGCAUAUUCGAAUAUAAUUCAAGUGUAAUAGGAAAUAUUAAGGAACAUAAUCAGACGGUGAACUGAUUGGAGCACAUUUCCAACGCUUAAAGCAACUUAUGUCAUUCUUCUUAGCCGAGACCAGGAAACUUAUCUUCUUCCCAUUACGGCGGUGAUUCGUAAUCAAGCGCCACAUGUGAUCAGAUUGGGCCAAUCACAGUUGAGGGAAAUUUGGCCUGGUUUAAGGACUUCAACAAAAAGUCCUAAGUUGAUUCAGAGUACUCAAAAGUGUCUUAGUGAAAAAUAAAAUUUUCCUUCAAAGCAAAACACAAAAACUUUUUCGACGACUCGAUUUAAUGGUUUCCUUUUUCUCUUCUCUCUAUUAAAGCAAGAGUGUAAAUAAUAUCUAGUAUUUAACAGGAUUAACGUGUGCUCAAGAUCUCUUAAGAUGACAAUUUCUCAGUGUAAGCGUCGAUCGCGUAACUGAGUUUAGUACAAAAACUCGUUGAUUAUCCUACAGUCACCCGAGAACAUAAAAAUACCUCCUCUUGUGUGAUCGGGGGUGGAGGGUGUGUGAUAAACCCCCUCAACUUAAAAAAAAAACGGUCACGAAUAAUAGCAGCCGUCUGCUUACAA